GGAUUUGUGGGUACGAUGCUAAGGACCAGCUCGAGUGGGAAAGGCCAGCCCCUCCCGGCCCGCCAGUCCAGUGGCCCCCUCUUUCCUCUCCCUUCUCCCCCAGCUAAAACGGGGGGGGGAGGGCAGAGGGAGGAGCGAGUCCCGGGAGCUCCGGGCGUGUCCCCGCCGCCUCCGCCUCUCGUCCCAGCCCCGGGCUGGGCGGGGCCGACGGGAGCUGAGCCGCGGCCGCCCCGCUCCCGUCACUUCCUGCCCCGGGCCGCUUCCCCUUUAAGGGUUAGGGGCUCGGCGGCGGCGGCGGCGGCGCUGCUCGCUAUGGUGGUGCUGAAGAGCGUGGAGGGCAAUUCUGCCGAGGCGGCGGCUCCCGGACCCGGGACCCCGGCGGCGGCCCCGGCGGCGGACGGGGGAGGAGGAGCAGGCGGAGGAGGAGCGGCGGCCCCCCCAGGAGCGCCGCCCGGCGGGGAGCCCUACCUACACUACCACUCCCACCUCCCAAGCUCGAGGGCCAAGCGUCUCACCCCCGCCAAGCGGAGGCAGUAUUUCAUCAACCAGGCGGUGAGAAACUCGGACCUCACGCCCAGGGCCAAGGGUCGAAAGAGGCUGCAGCAGAUGGAGAACAGUCACUAUUUGAUGACACUUAUGGAGAGGGUUGAAUGCUCCCCUGAUGAGGGGGACCUGGCCCUCCCUGCCACUCCCAGCAUCUUUGCCAAAGCCUGCAGCAACGAGACCUACAUUGAGAUCUGGAGUGAUUUUAUGAAUCGGUCUGGGGAGGAGCAAGAGCGAGUGCUCUUGUACCUGGAGGAAGAAGCUACAAAAAAGCAGAAAAGGAAGGUCCCAGCUAAGAAUGAAGAUAAUCGGAAAGAAGAUCCAUCUUACACGGCCCAGGCCUGCUUCCAGAGGAUUAACCGUCGCCUGAGGAGCACCCUGAAGCGGGGCAGAAUCCCCAUGGACACACUAGAGGGGCUGGAAGGAAAGCUCCUGAGGUUUUUCUCUGUCACCCCUCGAUCUGUCUACACAGCCAUGAUGGAUAGCAGCUUUGAGAGGCUCUUGCUUCAUGCCCUCUGCCAGUACAUGGACCUGGUCUCUGCCAGUUCCGACUUUGAGGGUAGACGGCAGAUGAAGGUGAGCAACAAACACACCGACUUCUUGCCUCCGGAGCAGCUUCUGUCUGCCUACCUCGAGCAGAGGAGCUGAUGGCACCCCUCCUUCUUCCUCACCCAGGGGCCAGGAUGCUCCUUCUCUUAUCUCCCUCCCUUGGGGGUGGGGGGUGGGAAGAGGAUUUGUUGACCCCUGGGCAGCAUGAUCCCAGAUUUGUUGAUUAUCAUUGUUAUCUUGAUUUUUUUUUUUUUUUAAUCUUCCUUAAAUUCUGCCUGGCCCACUUUGCUUAGAUCUGGGGUUUGCUUCUGGUGUUUUAAUUUUCUUUUUACAAGGUACUUCAGAAGUCCUGAUUUUUUUUUGUGUGUAUGAGUGGUUUUCACCCCUGACCUGAAAGUCUCUCAUUCCUCUUCCCUUUAAUCCUUCAGCCUUUUUCUUUGGAAAGAGGAUCCCUGAAAGAUUUUCCUGGGGUGCUUCCCCCUCAGAUCCUUUCAGAGGAAGCUCUGGACACUCCCUCCAGUCUAAGCCUCACGGAUGUUUACAACCCUGGUUUGCUGUGACCCAGAGGCCUGGGCUGGGGCUGGGAGUUGUUCAUUGAGCAGGGGAGAGUUCAGGGAGUGAGCCGCCCUUCCCAGAUCAGUACCAUCUGAACCAGAGGGAAGCAGGCUGGCAGGAAGGAUUUUAUCAUUAUAUUUUUUUAAGAUUUUUUUUUCUUUUGAGGAAGGGUUGGGGAGGGUGUAGGAGUGGGUCUAUUUUGGUCUAAAAAGAAACCAAAUUUGAGUUAGAUUCUCUUUAGAAUCUAGCUCUUCUCAAAUGAUCAAUUUGUGUAGUUAGAGAUGUCCGCACUGCCCCUUCCCAACCUCUCCAUUUCCCUAGCCAUUGAGCCAUCCCCCAGGCCGGUCUGAGUGUCCAAUCCAGACCGGAGGGAAGAUGGCCGUCCUGUGAAUUAAUGUGGCCAGCAGGCUGGGGGUGCUUUCCAUUAUUGCCCAUAAUAAGACUAUAGUUUUUCUAUAAUAUGUGUGUGUGUGUUUGCCCCCAUCCCCAUUCCUGCAGAAGGGCAGCUCCAUUCUUCAUCUCCUAGAGAAUAAAUUUUAAAAAAACCACAUAUAGUAACCCUGACCCCUACUUUUAGGGGAUGUGUGUUUGGUUUUAAAAUUGUAUGUGUCUUCCUGUGGUGCCUUUUUUGCAGACUCACUUGUUAUCACUUGCAUGGAGGGUGAAGCUGCAGGGCCCUGGGCCUCUCCUCUUGCUCUAGGGCCCGGCCCACAGCAGCUCUCCUGGGAAGCUGUUUUUCAGCCUGGGCCCCGGGACCCAGAGCUUGGUGAUCCUGGGAGGGCCUCCCUGGUCGGCACGGCCUCUUUUGCCCACACUCUUACAUUUGGGCCUCCUCUCCCCUCCCCUCUGAUCCCAGCCGUGGGUCAGCCACAGGGGACUUGGCUGGAGGGUUGAUGCCCUGGGCCUACCUCUGUUCUGGGUCUCACUGCCCAGACAGGCCUUGAGGACCAUGAGUGGAGGAGGCAAAGGGGGCUGCUGGCGAGGCCUUGGCUAUUGCUUGGCUUUGGGGAAGGCGGGUGUAAUAAAUUCCUGGUGCUCUGUA